CAUAAAUAACUUAUAAGUUGCGGAAAAAGUCUAAAUUUUAUAAUUUAAAAAUAAAUAUGAAAAUCCCAAUAAAAUAUUUAUUUUCAUUUCACAUAUUUUUGCUUUUAUGCUCGCAAGAGAGUAAUGUAAAAGCUAACGUUAUCAGAGGACUAUUUGAAGCUGCUACAAAUGGGCUGUUUGGAAUGCCAGUUAUUCAUCAAAAGUCGGAAUGGAAUUUUUCACCAGAUUCAGGUGAAAAAUAUCGCUCAAGUUUUUAUGAACAACAUGGAUUUAGAGCAGCAAAAUAUGUGGAACGUAUUGGAUUAGGUCAUGAUGGAAAUGAAACACUUCGUGCAAAAUUGCAAAAUAUUCGUGAUGAAGGACGCUUGAAUGGAGAGCAUUAUAAAAACUUUCCGUAAUCAUAAAAACUUUUUAAACCUAGAAGAUUUAAAAUUUUUUUUUAAUCAUAAUUUAAAAACCUACAUAUUUAAAACAUAAAAUGUUAUUUUUGCCGAUAGUAAAAGAAUCAAAAAUUUUUCUUUCGAA